UGUACUUUGGAACAACUGCUCGACCUUGCCACUUGCACAAUCUACCAGAAAAGGUUAUGCAGUGCCUGAACACGAUCAUGGCAGAAUCACCAGGCCUCAUCACCAUUUGCCUUUUAGGAUAUCUACUUGGUGCUGAAUGUACAGUUUUUCUUGAUCGUGAAAAUGCCACCAAAAUUUUGACUCGGCCAAAGAGGUAUAAUUCAGGUAAAUUGGAAGAGUUUGUUAAAGGGAAUCUUGAGAGAGAAUGCAUAGAAGAAAGGUGUAGUUUUGAAGAAGCACGAGAAGUUUUUGAAAACACUGAAAGAACGACUGAAUUUUGGAAGCAGUAUGUUGAUGGAGAUCAGUGUGAGUCCAAUCCAUGUUUAAAUGGUGGCAGUUGCAAGGAUGAUGUUAAUUCCUAUGAAUGUUGGUGUCGACUUGGAUUUGAAGGAAAGAACUGUGAAUUAGAUUCAACAUGCAGCAUUAAGAAUGGCAGAUGCAAGCAAUUUUGUAAAAAGAGUGCAGAUAACAAGGUGGUUUGUUCCUGUACGGAGGGAUACCGGCUUGCAGAAGACAAAAAGUCCUGUGAACCAGCAGUGCCAUUUCCAUGUGGAAGAGUUUCUGUUUCACUCACUUCUAAGCUCACCCGUGGCGAGACUAUUUUUUCCAAUAUGAACUAUGAAAAUUCAACUGAAGUUGAGACUAUUUUGGAUAAUGUCACUGAAAGCACUCAAUCACUUCAAGACUUCACUCGGGUUGUUGGUGGAGAAAACGCCAAACCAGGUCAAUUCCCAUGGCAGGUCCUUUUAAGUGGUAAAAUUGGUCCAUUCUGUGGAGGCUCCAUCAUUAAUGAAAAAUGGGUCGUAACUGCCGCCCACUGUGUUGUACCUCCUGUCAACAUUAUAGUUAUUGCAGGUGAACACGACAUUGAGAAGACAGAACCUACAGAGCAAAAGCGAAAUGUGAUUCGAAUUAUUCCUCAUUCCAGCUACAAUGCAACUAUUAAUAAGUACAGCCAUGACAUUGCCCUUCUGGAACUGGAUAAACCCUUGAUACUAAACAGCCAUGUAACACCUAUUUGCAUUGCAGACAGGGAAUAUACAAACAUCUUCCUCAAAUUUGGAUCUGGCUAUGUGAGUGGCUGGGGAAGAGUCUUCAACAGAGGGAGAUCAGCUUCAAUUCUUCAGUACCUUAGGGUUCCACUCGUUGACCGAGCCACGUGCCUUCGAUCCACAAAGUUCACAAUCCAUAAUAACAUGUUCUGUGCAGGUUACCAUGAGGGAGGUAAAGAUUCAUGUCAAGGAGAUAGUGGGGGACCCCAUGUUACUGAAGUGGAAGGGACCAAUUUCUUAACUGGAAUUAUUAGCUGGGGUGAAGAGUGUGCAAUCAAAGGCAAAUAUGGAAUAUAUACCAAGGUAUCUCGCUAUGCCAACUGGAUUAAGGAAAAAACAAAGCUCACUUAAAGAAGAAUGUAUUUCCGGGCGGGAUUGAUUCAUUGGGAUUGAAAAUAGACAGGGUGCUCUACUAACCAAUCACUUUCCCAUCUCUUGAUAGAUUUGAAUAUAUACAUUCUAUGAAUACUGCUUUUUCUCUUUACAGUGGAAAAUUUCAUCUACAAUUCUUAUUUUACUAGAGUAAAUAGCUUAGAAAGUGGAAUCACUAGAGAAAUCUAAUAUGGUGGGAAAUUGUGACCAUUCCUAUGGGCCCAACCCUGGACAAAAUUAUUGAGUUCUUUACUUUGCCCAUCAGGUACUCCUUUUUCACAGCAUUCCUUGCCUCUGCCACUAAAAAAUCAAUAGUUAUUCUGUAUACAGGAUCUUUGGUCUAGUCUAUCACAAGGCCAGCACCACACUCAUAAAGAAAGAAAACAAGAGAAGCUAACGGUUAAAACUCAUCAAAAGCACUACUUCUUUUCCUGAGUCAUUUAUCUUUUCCAGCUCCCAAUCCCCAAAUCAUAUUUUCUCUUUCUUGUUCCUUCUCUUCCCUUUUUCCCUCCACAGUCACUAAAGAAGGGAAAGGGAGUAUUAUGCCUUGCUAUUGUGCAGUCAUACAUGUCUAUCACACCCAGACUUUCAGUUUCAUCUCAGACUUACUUUUGAGAAUAUAGGAAUGAAGUAAGGUGUCUGAAGAAUUUGGGGUGGGGGGCGGCACCUGUGGUUCAAAGGAGUAAGGCGCCGGCCCCAUAUGCCAAAGGUGGUGGGUUCAAACCCAGCCCUGGCCAGAAACUGCAAAAAACAAACAAACAAAAAAACCAAAAUACCUGAAGCUAAUAUGAGUGUCAGUGACUGAUAGGUGGACAAUAUGAGAAAUAAAUUCUAAUUAGCAGAGAAGUUGUUUGUAAAAAAAGAAUUUGGGGUGGGGACUCCUUUCAGAGAAUUAAGUUAGUGAAUUAUAUAUGUGUGUUAGGAAAACAUUUCAUAAAAUAUAAUAUACCAUAUACAUGUGUUUCAACUAAGAAAGCUAACAUUGACCCAGGUACAUUGUCUCCCAUCUGAAAAAAAAAAAAAUGCUAACAGAAAGAAGAGAACAGUCAGUUUGCAACAUAGAACUAGUAGAAUCUUCAAGGAGGGGUUCAAUGAUAUGUCUCCAGCACUGUCCAGGGCCAAGCAAAAAGUUGUCUAGGCUGGAAGCCAUGAGCAUCAUGUCUCCUUGACCAGCACACCUCUGCAGUGGAGAAGGGUGUAGCUGACUCAAAGACAUGAGUCUUUCCAAUCAGCCAACUUAAGUCUCCAUUUUCUGGCUUCACGCUCAACAAGGAACUUUUUGAUUAUAAUUAAUUCUUCUAUCUUGAAUUUUCUAGAAGGUUGCUGACCAACCAACCUAUGUUUCCCUUUGUGAAUUAAUAAACUGAUGUCCUGAUUCAUA